UAAGGGGAGGAUGCCCGGCUGAUAAGCGAACAAAGCGGUCGGCACACUCGUCUGCUGUUCCUAGCAUCUUAUUUCCCAUUCUGUAUGCCUAUACAUUUUUAAAUAUCCAAGGUUCGCUAAUAUAAUUGUUUUUUUGACUAGAGGAAGAUGGGGACCAGAGACGACGAAUAUGAUUAUUUGUUUAAAGUGGUGCUGAUCGGGGACUCUGGCGUGGGGAAGAGCAACCUGCUGUCCCGCUUCACAAGGAACGAGUUCAACCUGGAGAGCAAGAGCACCAUCGGGGUGGAAUUCGCCACCCGCAGCAUCCAGGUGGACGGCAAGACGGUGAAGGCCCAGAUCUGGGACACGGCCGGACAGGAGCGGUACAGGGCCAUCACCUCGGCGUAUUACCGCGGUGCGGUGGGGGCCCUGCUGGUGUACGACAUCGCCAAGCACCUGACCUACGAGAACGUGGAGCGCUGGCUGAAGGAGCUACGCGACCACGCCGACAGCAACAUCGUCAUCAUGCUGGUGGGCAACAAGAGCGACCUGCGGCACCUGCGGGCCGUGCCCACCGACGAGGCGCGGGCCUUCGCGGAGAAGAACGGAUUGUCGUUCCUUGAAACAUCAGCUUUAGACUCUACUAAUGUUGAGACGGCCUUCCAGACCAUUUUGACAGAGAUCUACCGCAUCGUCUCCCAGAAACAGAUGUCGGACCGCAGAGAAAACGACCUGUCUCCUAGCAACAACGUGGUGUCCAUCCAAGUGCAGCCGACGGAGAGCAAACCGAAAAUGCAGUGCUGUCAGAGCAUCUAGUAAUGUUCUCACACCUGCAGAGGUCUCCACGCCCUUCACUAAAAAACCCGUUUGGCACCUCGGCAAAUGCCAUUAAGGCCAGAUUAAAGGGCAACUUAAAAUCUGGGUCUGGAAGGUUUGCCCUCUGGGCUGAGUUUUUUUCUGUUAGGGUGGGCUUUUGUAUUGCAGAACAUAAAUAAUAUGAUGUGCUUAUCUCCACGGAAAUGUCGCCAUGCGUAUUUGUCUUUAAUCUUUGGUUGGCCUUGGCUUCAUCAUCACAGUGUCGCAUUUCAGUUUCAGUAUAGAUGCUGGGAUGCAGUCUCUGGAAUUGUGGGUGGUGCAGGGAAGGCCAGGAUGUCGGGAUACGGCUGUGUGCGGUGCAACGCAGAGAGGGGGCGACGUUCGCUCUUAGACCAUCACUCUCACAGAGCCCCAUCUCCUGCUGCUGAGUAAGGAGGAUGUUACUUAUCAGACCAGAUGCUGCAGAACGGAGGAACACUAACAUCACUGGCUCAUGGUGAGCACUGCUUCCAGUGCUGACACAACAGCUGUCAGCACCUGAAGGUGUCCCACGAUCGUCUGAAUGGCCCAAAUGCUUCACUGUGGCCAAGGGUUAGUUGCAGCUGCUAAACACUAAUGCCGGUGUCAUGUGUACGUUGCCAGUGGGCAGCUCCCAAGGGGAAGCUGGUCUUUCGCAGUGCCCUUUUACACAACGCUGCACUGGAGUUAGAUGGCAUGCUCACUGAAAGCCUGUUCCAUACCUCUCUCUGUCUGACCUCUUCAUGCAGACCUUAGUCAUACAGCUGGCCAACCCAGCUCCCGGAGAUCUACCACCCUGCAGAAAGAUGCAGGCCUAAUUUAACACACCUGAUACAAAUAAUCAGGCCCUUCAGCAAUAUCUCAGUAUUAGGGCCAGCUUAGCUUUGACAUAGCUACUCUGUGAUGCUGCAGAAGGGCCAGAUUACCUCCAGAUUAUCAGGUGAGUUAAGGCUGCAAGUUCUGAUGGGUGGUAGAUCUGUAGAAGCAGGAUUGGGCAGCCCUGCAAUAAACCAAAAUAUCUAUGAGUCUAGAAGUUCCAGACCUGAAGAAACAGGCCUGCUGUGAGGUGAGAGUGGGCCUAAGCCUGGGGGGCCUGAAGCUAGGGGUGGAACUGUGGGUGUGUGCUGCUACUGAGGGUAUACUUGGCCAGGCCAGCACCGGGAAGGGGGGGGGGGGCAUGGGUACGGCUGGCAGUGCCAAUGACGUGAGUCGACAGAGGGUACUGUCACUGCACGCAAGCUGUGGCACAACAAUCCUGAUCGUUUAUGCUUCCUGCACGACUGCCCCAUUGUGUGUACAUGUACUCUGCACACCCUUUGGAUUUGUUAUCAGUGUUUUACUUAACCACAUUUAAUGUAAUUCAGGGGAGUAUAUUAAUAAAACAAGACGGUUACAUUAA